CGACAACCCGACGGAAUCAGCCAAGCGCUGCUGGCGACACGGCGUAGGACCGGCGCAUCCGCCGCACGGUCGACGCCGAGGCCCUGCCGAGGCCAUGGCGAUGCACAUGACCUGCAGCGGAGGUCAAGGCGCAUGGGCUAGCGACAGCCAUGCCCGGCGAAGCAUCGGCCACAGGAGUCCAAACAGCCGGAUCGCAAUCCAGCGGCAGUAGGCUCCGUCGCCUCCAGCGUCUGCAGAGCGAUCGCGAGCGCUACACGCGGCGCCUUCUAGCCUUCUAGAGCGGUACGCGUAGGCUGUUUCUAGCGCGGGCGCAGGGAUAUGUCUUCUUUCGCCCAGGCGAGAUGCAGUCGUCGCUCGUCCGCCACGGCCGAUGCGCUGCAAGUUGCUACUGCGUUGCUACUGCGGAGGUCGCAGUGCUGCUAGUUGUCCCUGUCUGCCAAGGUGCUCGGCGACGAGCGACGACUGCUUGUCGCUGGAAGCGUGAAACGAGGAAGGCCAACAUUAUAAUUCCGUCGGAAUAAAAAUCCAUACAACAACCAAGUGACGAUAGCCGGCGUGGGUUUCGCAGAUCCAUUUCUGUGGCGACGAAGCUCAAGAUGGAGGGCAUGUUCAACUACUACAUCCCGGACGACGGCGACUCGCCCGACCACCUCAACGUCUUCCCGCUCCCGCUCAAGGCCGGCCUCAAGCUCGCCCACAUCAAGAAGGCCUUCCCGCUGCCGGGCAGCUUCCACUUUCGCUUCAAGCAAGCGUUCGAGGGCACGUAUGUGUGGCUCGACAUUGCCGACAACGACCCGGUACCCGAGUACAAUGGCGUCGUCAUCUCCAAGGUGGCCCGCGUUCUGGACAAGGCAGAGGUUGCGCCGCCGGCGCCCGCGCCCGUCAAGGCCGCCGCCGUGCCUCCUCCGCCCAAGGUCGAGGCCCCACCGGCAGUACCCGACCUCAUUGAGACCUCGACGCCGUCGGCUGCCAAGGAUGCCAAUGCCAAGGUCUUCAACGACGACCUUGUCGGGCUCAUGUCGACGCCAACCGCGUCACCGCGCGUCACAAGUCCCAUCAACCAGCCCAAGGCGCCCGUCGAUCCCUUCAACCUCUUUGCGGGCGGCGCCGCGCCACCGAUGCGGCCACCGACGCCCCACGGCGCGCAGCCGGGAUUCCAGAACGCGCCGUACAUGCCACCGGGCGGCGGCGCCGGUGGCUUCCCGAUGGGCCCGCCCCGACCGGCCAUGAACAGCAGCAUGAACAUCAGCAACAUGAACAUGAACCCCAUGAUGGGCGGCGGGCCGCGGCCGGCGCAAGGUGGCCCGCCCAUGGGCGCCAAUGGCUUCAACAACCUCCAGUGGCAGGGCAUGCAACAGCCGCCCAACAACGGCGGCAACCCGAUGAUGCGGCCGCCGACCAACAACGCCAACCAGCGGUCUUGGUAGUCGUCUGUAGCGUACACACCACUACAUGCUUACGAGUCUAACACGAUCCUCCUAUAUGCUAUGGGUCUCGCUUGAGCUGCUUUUGCUGCUGCGCGAGCUCCUUCAUCUUGAGGUCGUCCAUCUUCUUUCGAA